UAGCCUAUUAGAGCUAUCCGCUGCUGCCCUACACAUUUUCCCUCAGCAUGUGGCCGGUGGUGUGCAAUUGGGAUGGGACUGCCACGCAUGUUUCUGUAAGAGCAUUUUGACUACAGUGGUGUUCCGCAGAACGCCGCACUGUCGACCCAGCUCCAUGUAUUCCAAUCUAGACAACGCGUUGAGCAAACUCGGAAAAUAUGGAAAGUGGCAUUUUCACUUAUUUUUUCUGAUAAACGUCCUGCAGAUAUUUUCCAGCCUGCAAACAUUCUCUAUCAACUACCAUGGGUUGACCCCUACCCAUCACUGCCGCGUGCCAGGAGGAGCAAAUAUCUCAGAUGCCAUACCGGGAAAGAAUGACGAAGACGAGCCCUGGCAAGCAGACACGUGCAAUCAGUACGUGAACUUCAGCGAGACGAGCAACGAAACCAUAAAGUGCCAGGAUGGCUACUGGUAUGAUGAUACCUAUGGAGACACCAUCGUCACGGAGUGGGACAUCGUCUGCGACAGAAGCAUCCUCGUGGAUCUUUCCUCGAUUUCUUUCUUCGCCGGUAAACUCGUCGGUUCGUUGAUCAUUUGCGCCCUGGCCGACAUUUACGGACGGAAAUGGACCAUGAUCAUAGCAAACCUGUUGUUCCUGGCGUCGGCGAUCGUACAAUGCUUCUCUAACAGCUACAUCAUGUUUGCCGCCAUGCGCUUCCUCAUGUCUGCGUUCGAAACGGGAGGGUACCUAGUUGGCUUCACGCUAAUAUGUGAGUCCGUCGCCCCUCAAGCACGGGCGUGGGUCACCGUGCAGGACAAUUACUUCUGGGCUUUUGGCCUAAUUAUACUGCCUCCCAUCGCAUAUCUUGUGCCCGACUGGAGGAUCAAUCAGAUCGUCCUUACCGUACCGAUGCUCUACAUGUUUAUUUAUAUUUGCUUGCUGCCAGAAUCGAUGCAUUGGCUCAUAGCUAACAAAAGAACCGAAGAAGCCAAGACCAUUCUCACACGAGCAGCAAAAAUAGACGGAACUAAAAUAGCAACUGAAGACUUGACACCAAUUUCGCACGAAGAGGAUAAGGCGAGAAAAUACAGCAUUAUAGACGUUUACAAGACUCCUGGGCUUAGAGUUUUAGGAACAGUUUUAUUCAUCAUUUGGAUCGCAGAUAGCAUGGUGUACUACGGUCUUACUCUUGGCCUGCAGAACCAAUCCGGCAAUAUCUACAUAAACGGCUUCUUGACCGGAGUCGUUGAGUUUCCAGCUGCUGUGGUAGCUAAUGUGGCCACAGAAAAGUUUGGACGGAUAAAAUCGCUGUCGUUCUUCCACGUGUUAUCCGGAAUAGCGAUGAUCGUACUCUAUCUUACUCCACUAAAAACAGCCUCAGGAAUAGAUCUGGGUUGGCUCAAAACAUCGUUUAUUCUUACUGGAAAAUGCACAAUAACGGCGGCAUUCCGUGUGAUCUACAUCUACACUGUUGAGUUAUAUCCGACAGUCGUCAGGAACACGGGGCUGGGCAUGUCAUCGAGCGCUGCGCGUGUCGGCGGUAUAAUCGCACCAAUGACCAUUGCACUGCAACGCUAUUACCCAUGGGUACAGCCAGUUCUCUUCGGCGGCAUGGCUUUCCUGUGCGCCAUCGUCGCCUUGUUCUUCCCCGAGACGAAAGACAAGGGCUUGCCGGAGACGCUAGAAGAAUGGGCAGACUGGAAGGCCGGCAGGCUAUCAGUCGGCGACAGCGGUGACGAGGGAACAAAGGAACUCGGCGAAGAAAUGAAACCCAUGGUUUCCUAAUGCUGUAUUUCAGGGAAAACCUAUCACGGAAACCUCCCAAAAAAAUGUUCGGCACAGUUUCCAAUAUGCUAUAGUAUAAAUAACUCUAUACUCACAUUAAAUAUUAAAUCCACUGAAAACGAA